UGCAAUAUAAAAUAUGGGCUGCAAAUACAGCCUAAAAAGAAAGAAAGCAAACUGACAAACAAGAAGGAUACCCUUUUGGGGGAGUGACAUGUUAGUCAGGACCAUGCAUAACAAACCCAUAUCAAACUACCCCCACAUGGACUAUUAAAAGUUCUGCUGGGAAAAUUUUACAUUUUCCAGGUGAAAUACCAGCAGUAAAGCAUUAGAAUUCCUGGAAUUUUGAGAUACAAAUCCUCCAAUGAAUCGAUUAAGGGUGAUUAGUUUAGUCCUUUUUUUCCUGCUUUUCCUUGUCGAUGCACAACCGUCUAGUGGGAAUGAUGCAACUUCAGGAGAUGCUGCUUCAAAUUUCCAACCAAGCCCUGCGGUUGUCAUAGGUAUUCUCUGUGUCAUGUUUGGUUUAACACUUUUCCUGCUUGUCUAUGCCAAAUUCUUUCACAGGGGGGCAACAGUUCAUGGUGAUCAUCACCUUGGAAUACUGCAUCGAACAAGCUCUCGGUUCUCUGGAAUUGACAAGAAAGUUAUAGAAUCACUUCCGUUCUUUAAAUUCUCUUCCCUUAAAGGAUCAAAACAAGGGCUUGAAUGUUCAGUCUGUCUAUCAAAGUUUGAAGAUACUGAAAUUCUAAGGUUGCUGCCUAAGUGCAAACAUGCCUUUCACAUUGAUUGUAUUGAUCAGUGGCUAGAGAAGCACUCGAGCUGCCCACUUUGCAGACAGAAGAUCAACGCUGAGGACCCAACAAUCUUUGCAUACUCAAAUAGCAUGCGGUUGUCAACGAGUCAAUCUGAACUAAGAGCGGAUUCAAACAUAGAGCUCUAUGUCCAGAGAGAGCAAGAGAAUCAUGGCUCACCAAGAUUCAGCAUUGGAAGCAGUUUCCGGAAAACUGAAAAGGGCAAGAUCGAAAGUGAAGUUCUAAUUCAAGAAGAAGAAGCUGACGAUGAUGAUGAUGGGAAGGGCUUCCAUAAGUUCAAUCACAAGAUCAUUGUAUCUGAUUUAGUUUUGAAGAACCGGUGGAGCAGUGUUAGUUCUUCAGACCUGAUGUUCUUGAAUUCUGAGAUGCUUAAUGAUAUGUCGAGCAACAGAUUUUCUUCCCUGGAAAUAAAUGAUGAGAAGUUUACAAAAACCAGACCAAUUGAAAACGAGCAAGUUAUGAAGAUUAAUAAGGAAUUGGAGAUAAAGAGAUUGUUUGAGAGCAAAGUUAGUUCAAUUAACAAAACCAACCCAGUUUCAGCUGCUGGUCUUCCUUCAACAUCAAAUUCUGCAACCACUUUGACUCAUACAUCAAGGAUUGUUAAUCAAACUGAGAAAAGAUCAAUGUCUGAGAUCACUGCUUUAUCGAGGUUUAGAUAUGUCAGUACAAGAAACAGAAAAAGUGAAUCUUCAUUGUCUGAAACCUACACAAAGGAGGAAAGAAUAAGGCGGCUUUGGUUGCCAAUUGCUAGGAGAACAGUCCAAUGGUUUGCCAAUAAAGAAGAAAGGUCUCAACAAUCUCAGGAUAAAACACAACAUUUAGAUGUUUGAAUCUGUUGAUUGAAGUAGAAAAUUUCAUGUAGAUAAUUGCAUUUUACGCAUAAUUUCAAUAGGCAGAGCUACACAUUUCCUUUGAUUAUUUUCCGUUAUUUAACACCAAUUUCAGUCUGUUUAUUUUGUUUUUUUUCUUAAGGAUUUUGUUUCUGUAAAAGACAUGUCCAAAGCCAUAUAUAGUA